UACUCCAAAAUGGCCGACGGAUUGGCAAGAGUCCUUGCUAAAUCAGAAUUUGAUUCUGAAGCAUUUGUUGCCAGAAUCGCAGCAAAUGGAGAGAACGAGCUACUUGAUAUGAAACACAAGGUUCAGAUGCUAAAUGAUGAAACAGCACAAUCAUUAAAGAAAAAUGUAUAUAAAAACUAUUCUCAGUUUAUUGAAACAGCGAAAGAAAUAUCGAUUUUGGAAGGAGAAAUGUAUCAGCUAAGUCAUAUGUUAUCAGAUCAGAAAGCUUUAAUGUCCACCAUGAUGGAGAUGUCAUUGGUCAGUGAUAAAGCCGUAGUUGAAGGACCUAAGGAAGAAAUCGAAGAAAAUGAAACAAAUCCCGAAGAAGAAACCCGAAAAAACUUAGCUUUCUUACUUGAUAAAGUAGAAGGUUGUUCUAGUGUUGCUGAAGUACCUGGUAGACAACUAGUACAUAAUGGUGAUUUAGUAGAACUUGAUGCUGAAACACUAACACAGGUUCAAAGAGUUCAUGCAUUCCUUUUAAAUGAUAGCCUAAUGAUUGCCACCUGGGUUCCUAACAGAAGAGGACCAGUAAGGUAUAGAUUUCAAGGUUUAUAUGAAUUAGAUAGUUUAGCUGUUGUUAACGUGAGAGAUGUUGGACCAGUUAAAAAUGCGUUUAAGAUACUUAUGUUUCCUGAAACUAGAAUGUAUCAGACAGACAAUACUAAAUCAAAGAGGCAGUGGCUAGAUAUUUUAGAUGAUACUAAAAAAAAGAAAGCAUCCAAAGAUAAACAGAAGAAAGAAGCUGCGGCAGCAGAAAUUGCUCUAGCUGCUAGUACAAAGAAAGAAACAGAAUCUUCUAAUCAAUUUGCCAUCAUUGAAUCAUCAGUUGUGUAUGAUGAAUCUGUUACUAAUGUAACAAGAGCUUUUGAAGAUGAUGAAGAUGGUGAAUUUACUGAUUCAGAUUUUCUGAAUGCUGAUUGGUUACAAGAACUACCAGAAGAUUUAGAUAUGUGUAUAGCACAGAGAGAUUUUGAAGGUGCUGUUGAUUUAGUAGGGAAAGUGAAUGCAUUUCUAAAAGACCGACCUAAAACUCCAGGAGUUAUAGAAUUCAGAGCUAGAAUAGAUCAUCGUAUUAAGUUAUUAACAGAAGGAUUAAUGGGAGAGUUACAAGUUUCACCUGAAAGAUCUUUACGUGGUGGACCAAGGGCUGCUAGACGAGCCGUUACACAAUUAAUUAGACUUGGUAAAUCAUCACAGGCAUGUGAACUGUUUUUAAAAAAUCGAACAGCCUUAAUCAAAUAUAAUAUCCGACAAUUAAAAUUUGAAGGAGCCACAACAUUAUAUGUAAGAUGCCUGUGUGGAGUUUUCUUUACAAGUUUAGCAGAUACAGCAAAAGAAUUUCUAAAAGCUUUCCCUGAUCAUAAUGGCUGUUUCUCAGCAUUUGUUGUAUGGUCUAAACAUGAAUUAAAGGCGUUUAUUGGUACUUUCUGUCGUCAAGUAUUUGAGAGUAAAUCCAGUUUAACAACUAUAGCAGAUUGUGUUAUAUUAGCUAAAAUACACUGUGAAGAGUUAAAGAGCAUAGGGUUAGAUUUAAGUUUUUCUCUUAUGUGUAUGUUAGAACCACCAUUACAUCAAGUUGUAGAAGAAACUAGAGAUCAGUUAAUAGAGGGUGCUAAAUACAGAGCUUCUGAUGAUCUAUGGAGACCAAUGAAUCAUUUAAAUAAAAAAGACUGUGAUAAAUUUGUAAGUGAAAUGGCAACAAGUGGUUUAGAUGCUGUUAAAGAUUAUGUUUAUGAUGAAUGUUUUGUUAAUUUGACCAUGAAUACUACUCAGUUUAGUAAAAGUUUACUGAUAUUUGCGGACGAUUUGGUGAAACUUUUUACUGUAGAAUGGGAAGAGUUUAUAGCUAAUUGUUUAGCAGCUGUGUUUAAAGCUCAGAUAUCUCAUAUAGAAUCUUCUCUUCAAUCUUCUAAAUUUCAACAAGAUAAAAAGUUUAUACUAAAGAAUGCCCAGUUUAUUUUAGAACAAGUUGUAAGCUGUGUAGAAAAAUUAUAUAAAGAAUUUGACAGGAAAUUUCCUCAACAAUUACAAAAUAUAAAUGCUGACUAUAGAAGACUAAAGAAAUUGGAAUAAUUUUAUGUUAUUUCAUUACUGAGUGCAAUGUUAUGUAUAAUAAUAAACAUAUAUUAUUUUAUAUAUAAUAUAUAAUUAAAUUGAGGCUAAGGUAGUUGGGCAGUUAGGGCACUACACUCCUGAAUAGAAUGUCCUGUGGUCAAAUCAAAUCCCAGUGUGGAUCGAGGAACACCUUCAGGAUUUUUUAAGCCCAGCCUUGACAGACAUGGUCAUGGUGGUUGAAAGACCAAACAACGAUGUGUGCCUAGUUAUUUGGAUGAAACCAAAAACGAGCCGUGUACAUUUUGGCUGAAUGUAACAGAACUUUUAUCUAUUGGACAUGAAAGAAGAGUUGGCCGAAAUGCCACUUUACGAUCAAACUUCUCGUGUUUCACAUUGUACAUGUAAAUAUGGAAAUAAAAAUUAUCGUAUGUUUGUCUAAAAUUGACCAAAUUAUUGUAUUGACAAGACAUUAAAUCACUUUCUAUUCCAUUAUAAUUAAGAUGAUAUAUAGGUGCUUAUUGUAGUAAUAUCCAUACAGUAAAGUUCUACAGAAAAAUUCACAGCCUUACUUUGCAUUCCAGCAAUAAAUGCUAGCAAGAUAUUUAUGUGAGGAUAUCAGUAUGCUUAAUUUCAUUGUUAUACACCCACAUUGAAAUGUGGUUGUAUAUUGUCGUCGUCCCUGUCCGUCAUCCACAAUUGCUUGUAGACUCUCUAGAGGCUAAAGUUCAUAUCCGAUUAUACACAGUGUUUAAGGUCAUGAGACGAUGAACCCUAUUGAUUUUCAGUGAUUUCCAUUAAUUACUGCCAGAGUUAUGGCCCUUGAUCACUUUGAAAAAUCUUGUGAAUGCUCUAGAAGCUAAAGUUAAUAUCCGAUUGACUUUAAAUUUAUACACAGUGUUUAAGGUCGUGAGACGUCUAUUGAUUUUCAAUGAUUUCAGAUAAUUACCGGUACUACCAGAGUUAUGGCCUUUGAUUUAUACACAGCAUUUAAGGUCAUGAGACGAAGAAGCCUAUUGAUUAAUUACUACCAGAGUUAUGGCCCUUGAUCACUUUUGAAAUAUCUUGUGAAUGCUCUAGAGACUAAAGUUAUCAUCUUGAUAAACAGAGUUUAAGGUCUUGAGGACAAGGAUAUUGGUUUUCAAUGAAUUUUGAAAACUUGAACAGCUAAAUCCAUGAUAUUAAAUGUUUCGUAUACCAAACCUUAGCAUGGGGCAGAACUAAAAGCCAAACAAUUACUAAUGAUUUUCGAAUGAUUACUUAAUGAAUUGUUACUCUUAAUCAGAUUUUAUUGUGGGCGUAUGUUUCGUCGCCUGGCAACCUAUCUUUUAAGAUGAGGAUACUUGAUAAGCAUAAUAAAAUAAUAUGAUGACUAAACCAGACAUAUUUUUGUUGGUGAUAACAAAAUGAGUAGGAGAGAUGAAAAUAUGUGUUGACUUCAUCUAUAUAACAAGUGUUUAUUAUAUGAAAAUAUUUAACACUGAAUAUACAUGUAUACUAUUUAUUGAAUAAAAUAACAUCUAUAUACACUAUUAAA